AAGUUCACAUCCAGCAGAGGCAGAGUUAAGACUUUAACCUUCCCUUUCACAGCAAGCCCUGCCUACACGUCUACAGCCGAGGACUUGGUUCAUUUCAGACCAUUCCAUGCACCAUGCUGACUUCAAUCAUCCUCCUGUGGCUCUGCGUCUGGUUCCUCAUCUUUCAGUUCAAAUGUCGGAGGCCCAAGAACUUUCCUCCAGGACCUGCUGCUCUUCCUCUGCUGGGGAACCUUUUACACUUGGGCUUUGACAACCCCCUAAAUGACUUUGAGAGGCUGAGGAAAACCUAUGGAGACGUCUACAGUUUUUUCCUGGGUCCCAGACCAGUUAUAAUGCUCAAUGGGACAAAGGCCAUCAAGGAGGCUCUGGUGACCAAAGCGUCAGAUUUUGCAGGACGACCUCAAGAUCUGUUUGUUAAUGACACCACUGAAGGCACAGGAGUGAUCCUGGCAGACUACGGUGAUGUUUGGAGGAAUCACAGACGCUUUGCACUCACGACUUUGAGGAACUUUGGUCUGGGGAAGAACUCCAUGGAGGAGAGGAUACACGGAGAGCUCCAACACACCAUCACCGAAAUGGAGAAAAACAACGGGAAGAUCCUGAGUCCUCAGCACAUGUUCCAUAACAUUUCCUCCAACAUCAUCUGUCAGGUUCUGUUUGGCAAACGCUACGACUACGGUGACAAUUUCAUCAAAGAGAUCGUUCGGUGUUUUACGGAAAAUUCAAAACUGGCUAACGGACCGUGGGCCAUGCUCUACGACUCUAUCCCAGCCGUUCGUAAACUGCCGCUCCCCUUCAAGAGGGCCUUUGACAACGUCAAGACUGUUCAGAGACUUGCCAACGGUUUGUUAAACGAGCUGAAGCAGAUGAGAGUUCCUGGAGAACCACAGGACUUUGUGGACUGUUAUCUGGAUGAAAUUGACAAGAGACGGGAUGAGGUUUCAGUGUUUACAGAAGAACAACUGAGAGGAAACGCCCUGGACCUUCACUUUGCUGGGACUGACACGACAUCCAACACACUGCUCACUGGCUUCCUCUACCUUAUGUCCUACUCACACGUACAAGAGCGCUGUCAGCAGGAGAUAGACCAGGUUUUGGAAGGAAAAAACGUGGUGACUUUUGAAGACAGACACAACAUGCCCUACAUGCAGGCUGUGAUCCACGAGGUGCAGAGAGUAGCCAACACAGUUCCACUCAGUGUCUUCCACUCUACAACUAAGGACACAGAGCUCAUGGGCUACUUCAUUCCCAAGGGAACGAUGGUCAUUCCUAACCUCAGCACAGUUCUUAAUGAGGAAGGACAGUGGAAGUUCCCCCAUGAAUUCAACCCUGAGAACUUCCUUAACGAACACGGAGAGUUUUUCAAACCUGAGGCGUUCAUGCCCUUCUCUGCAGGUCCUCGCAUGUGUCUCGGAGAAGGUCUGGCUCGUAUGGAGCUGUUCCUCAUCAUUGUCACUUUACUGAGGAAGUUUGACUUUAUCUGGCCUGAAGAAGACGGAAAACCCGACUUCACUCCAGUCUACGGAGUCACACUCACACCUAAACCGUACCGCAUGAAGGUCCAACUCAGGGCGACGCAAUGAGACGGACCGCAAAGAGAGAAGAGAAGCUAUAUAGUAGCGCCCGUUAUUAAAGCUCAGGCGUUCACAUUUAUUACCACCUGGCAGGCGACCAGGUUUACAUCCAGAACAGGCGGAGAUACGACCUCCCCCCUGACAGGACAGGACCUCACACUGAAAACUUCGUUGAAGUCUCACUCACUCGCUUCUUUCCACCAUGCUGCUCACAAUCAUCCUCCUGUGGCUCUGUGUCUGGUUCCUCAUCUUUCAGUUCAAAUGUCGGAGGCCCAAGAACUUUCCUCCAGGACCUGCUGCUCUUCCUCUGCUGGGGAACCUUUAAACCUGAACCUGGCGAACCCACUGGAGGACUUUGAAAAGCUGAGGAAAACCUAUGGAGACAUCUACAGCUUAUUCCUUGGCCCCAAACCAGCUGUAAUGCUGUGUGGGACAAAAGUCAUCAAGGAGGCUCUGGUCAACAAGGGGGCAGACUUUUCUGGACGACCCCAAGAUUUGUUUGUCAAUGAUGUCACUGAAAGGAAAGGAGUGAUUCUCGCAGACCACGGAAAAGUUUGGAGGGACCAUCGACGCUUUGCACUUAUGACCAUGAGGAAUUUUGGCCUGGGUAAGAAUUCCAUGGAAGAGAGAAUCCACACUGAGCUGCAACACACCAUUGAAGAACUGGAACAAAACAACGGUAAAAUCCUGAGUCCUCAGCACAUGUUCCAUAACAUUUCCUCCAACAUCAUCUGUCUGGUUCUGUUUGGCAAACGCUACGACUACGGUGACAAUUUAAUCAAGGAGAUUGUUCGGUGUUUUACGGAAAAUUCUAAACUGGCUAAUGGACCGUGGGCUUUGCUCUACGACUCAUUCUCAGCCGUUCGUAAACUCCCACUGCCCUUCAGAAAAGCCUUUGAAAAUUAUAAGACCGUGCACGAUCUUGUCUCUGCCUUGGUGAACCAGCACAAGAAGAUCAGAGUUCCUGGAGAACCAAAGGACUAUGUGGACUGUUAUCUGGACGGACUGGACAAGGUUGAUAAAGGCUCAGAGUUUUCAGAAGACUUUCUCAAAGGUAAUCUCCUGGAUCUCCACUUUGCUGGGACAGACACCACCUCUAACACUUUGCUCACUGGGUUCCUCCAGCUCCUGGCCAACCCUCAUGUCCAAGAACGUUGUCAACAGGAAAUAGACACAGUGCUGUGUGGGAAAGGUCAGGUGACUUUUGAAGACAGACACGACAUGCCCUACAUGCAGGCUGUGAUCCAUGAAUCUCAGAGAGUAGCCAACACAGUUCCACUCAGUGUCUUCCAUGAAACGUCUAAAGACACAGAGCUCAUGGGAUAUUUCAUUCCUAAGGGAACCAUGAUCAUCCCAAACCUGGGCACAGCCCUCAAUGAGGACGGACAGUGGAAAUUCCCCCAUGAAUUCAACCCUGAAAACUUCCUCAAUGACAAGGGGGAGUUCUUCAAACCUGAUGCCUUCCUGCCCUUCUCUGCAGGUCCUCGCAUGUGUCUUGGAGAAGGUCUGGCUCGUAUGGAGCUGUUCCUCAUCAUGACCACUCUGCUGAGGAAGUUUGACUUUAUCUGGCCUGAAGAAGAUGGAAAACCCGACUUCACUCCAGUCUAUGGAGUCACACUCACACCUAAACCGUACCGCAUGAAGGUCCAACUCAGGGCAACACAGUAAAAAGAAAAACGGUCUGCAGUCGCAGCUGAGACAACAGAGAUGGUUGGCGUUUAUUUCCUCAAAUCAGGGACAAGAAGGGGUUUGGGUGUGAUUGAAUCAGCAGAGCAAGAAACGACUUUUGAGAAUUGGACUUUUAACAAUGAAUUUUAACAAUGAAUUUUAAAAGACAUCGUCAGCCAAUGUCAUGCUAAUGAUCUGAUAAGAGUUUGAGCUGAAGAAAUAAACUGUAUGUCACCAUUAAGGACAUGUGAUGAUUGUCUAGAUGCAGUAAUAAAAAAAAAAUCAAUAUUAACCAA